AUGUUGCGUUCUUCCUUCAGCAGAGUGGCGCGCGUUGUGCCUUCGAGAUUCGCACAAACUCAGGCCAUUUCCAAGGCCGCCAUUGUGGACCUACAUAGCCGUUGGGAAGACCUUCCAGCCGUCGAGCAACAAGAGCUGGUCACCAAACUAACCGAACGUCAAAAACUACCUUGGUCCCAACUGACUGAGACCGAGAAGCAGGCCGUCUGGUACAUAUCAUACGGUGAAUGGGGACCAAGAAGGCCCGUGCACGCCAAGGGCGAUGGUGCUUACAUUGCCAAGGGUGUUGUGUUUGGUCUAGUGGGCUCGGUUGCUCUCUUCGCUCUCAUCAGACAGUUUGGUGGUGAGGAGCCAAAAACCAUGACCAAAGAAUGGCAAUUGAAGUCCGACGAGUACCUCAAGUCCAAAAACGCCAACCCAUGGGGUGGUUACUCCCAGGUUCAAUCCAAAUAA